AUGCAUCCAGCUUCGAUCCUGGACCUGGAAACUGCUGACAGCCCGGUCGAAAAAACCAAAUCAACACCCAACGAGGUCACGCAGAUCGAAAGCUGCAACGACAAGCACAGCGCAGAUGUAGUCGAACUCGUGCCAAAGACUAAGAAUAGCUCGCAGGCUUCACCACAGGCACGGAAAAGAGAUUCGGUUGAACCCGGCAAACAGCCUGGUGCUAAACGGACAAAAACCUCUCCAGCAUCACCCCAGAAUGGCCAUGCCGAAUCAUCUGGACAAGACACCAGCGAACUUGUCAAGUCGGCAGGCAGCGUCACCAAGGAAACAUGGCAAGGUUUCUGUGAGAUCCAGUCGGAGCCGGCAUUCUUCUCUACCAUCCUCAAAGACAUGGGAGUGAGCAACGUCAAAGUUGAAGAAGUGGUCUCCUUCCGACCUGAGCUCCUCGAAUUAAUACCAAGGCCCAGCUAUGGCCUGAUUCUUCUGUAUCGGUAUCGUGAUCAGAGCUCCUCUGAUCAGCCCAAGGAGGCCUCCAGCCACGUGUGGUUCGCCAACCAGCUCCCAGCCCAGAACAGCUGUGCAACACUGGCUAUGAUCAACAUCCUCAUGAACAACGGAGACAUUGAGAUCGGAGAGCACCUGCAGCAAUUCAAGGAGUUUACGAAAGACUUCAACCCCUACCAGCGAGGCGAGGCGUUUGCUAAUUUCGACUUUGUGAAGAGGAUUCACAACACCUUCGCGAAGAAAAUGGACAUACUGGAAGCCGACAAACAUCUCUCACACAAAGUGAAGAGAGAAAAACGUGUCUUGAACGACAAGAAGGCCAGACGCAAGUCCACCGACUCCGCCGCAACAGACGACAGCGCCGAGGGCUCCGAAGACAACGCCAACCACUUCAUCGCCUUCAUCCCCGUGGACAACGACAUCUGGAUGCUCGACGGCCUCAACCAACAGCCAACGAGCAUCGCCACCCUCAGCGCUGCACAAGGGCAAGACUGGGUCGAAAUCGCAGCAGCCUCCAUCCUGGCCCUCCUCGACGAAGACGUGGAAAAUUGCACCGGCUUCGCCAUUGGACCCUCCCCCCUCCCCUCUCUGCGCAAAGAAGCCUGUCUCGCCCUCAACCACAUCGCGAGCGUCGACGCGCGUCUCGACACCGUCUCACCGCGCUGGCGAGCCUCCCCAGUUCCCAACGGCCAGCCUGCACACCCGCUGGCGCUUGGCCUCGCAGCCCAGCUUCCCGCUUACCCCACGCCUGCGCCCCUCGCCGCCACAAUCGCAGCUGAGGCCACGCACGACCUAUUCGGCCGCCGCGCGAGAGUGCUCGCGGACCUCAACGACCUGGCGACGAGCAUCGCGGGCGAGACGCAGCGCGAGGCCGACGACGCCUGCAAGACCGCACAGGCGCGCUUCGACCACGCCCCGGUGAUUAAGCUGUGGGCGCAGAUGCUGGCCGCUAAUGGGUAUCUUGAGCGGAACCUCGAUCGACACAGCGAGAGCAAGGGGGGUCGGAGGUAG